CAAUUAGAAAAGCUUGCAAAGUCAGAAAAAAUAAAAGAGUUUUUGCGUGACGAUAAAUUACGAGAAAUCAUUUAUCAUAUAAAUUUUACUUCAAGAAGUGGCAAUGUCGAAGAUCUUUUAGACGCUACCAAAAAAAAUGAUGAGAUUUUUUUUAAAUUUACGGAAGAAAUUUUGGAUACA